CUGAAGAUGGGAUUGUGAGCACGAAUGAAGACAAUGACCAUCAAGGCAGCCCCAGACCAAUGGAGUCCAAGGGUUUAUGCUCAGGACUCUCCAAGGAGAACAGUUCCCAGGGUGCUGCACAGGACCCUGUUCUCCCACACAGUUCAGAAAGGAUUCAGAGAUCCAAGAGCUUCCAGGUGAGCUCCAACCUCAUCCAGCAUCGGGGAAUCUACACCGGAGAAAAACGCUUCACCUGCAUUGAAUGUGGGAAGAGUUUCAAGCACCAGUCACAACUUACUCCUCAUCGGAGGAUCCACACAGGAGAGCGGCCCUACAAGUGUUUCGAGUGUGGGAAGAGCUUCACUGUGAGCUCGAAGCUGAUGCGGCACCAGGUAACCCACACUGGGGAGAAGCCCUACAAGUGUUCCGAGUGUGGGAAGAACUUCUCCAACAACACACAGCUCAUCCGGCACCGGCGGGUGCACACUGGGGAGAAACCCUACGAGUGCAGGACCUGCGGGAAGAGCUUCAGCGUCAGUGCAGCGCUGUUACAACACCGGCGGGUCCACACGGGGGAGAAGCCCUACAAGUGCUCAGAGUGCGGGAAGAGCUUCUCUGAUAACAAGAAGCUCGUCCAGCACCAGCGGGUCCACACGGGGGAGAAACCCUACGAGUGCAGGACAUGCGGGACGACCUUCAGGUUUAGCACAACCCUGGCACGACACCAGCAGGUCCACAGUGGGGAGAAACCCUACAAGUGUACGGACUGUGGGAAGAGCUUCGGCCACAGCUCUGCUCUCAUGCAACACCGGCUGAUCCACACCGGGGAGAGGCCCUACUCGUGCGCGUACUGCGGGGGCAGCUUCCGGCAGCGUGCACACCUCAUCCAGCACCAACGCAUCCACACCGGGGAGCGUCCCUACGUCUGUGCCAAGUGCGGGAAGGGCUUCAGGGCGAGCUCGGCGCUCUCCCGGCACCAGCAGAUCCACAAGGGUGGGGAGCCCUAGGUGGGGUGAGUGUGGGGAGCAGUGAGGUCUGAUACCCUGUGAGCAAAGCCUGGUGUCUCCCACUCCCAUUGACCACCCUGCUUGUGGAGGGUGAAAGCAGUUUCUUCCUAGGAGAGUGAGCCCUCAGAGAUAAAGAAGGGGAGAGCCGGUGGAGGGAGCGAGUUAGAGGUUUGGGGCAGGUGUCAGGAGGAAGGUGCCUGACUCCUUUCAGUGGUGGGCAGCCCCAGGAUGAGGAGCAGUGGCCAUGAACUGAAACACAAGAGGUUUGACCUCGACACGACGAAGAACUUGUUCCGUUGCAGUGGCAGAGCACUGAACAAGGUGUGCAGGGGGAUGUGGAGGCUCCAUCUCUGGGCACAUCCAAGCCCUGCCUGGGCACGUUCGGGUGCCCCUGCCCCGGCAGGGCUGGGACCGGGUAACCCCCAGGGUCGGCUCCCAUGGCUGGUGCCGCUCGCAAUGGCCCCGCGCAAUAAACGUUCGUU